AAUAGGAUGAUUUAUGUGAGAUUAGCUUUUCCGUACAGAUGCAAAUUUGUGUUUUGGGGGUAGGUCCCAUUGAAACAAGCCUUGUAGAGAUUUUGUGAUCUCCCCUGUUUGGCAGCAGUAUAAUUACUGCCCUGUGAAUGGCCGGGAGGAAACAAGAUCCCAGGAGCUGCCUAUGGCUGCUGGUGCUGUUAGUGCAGAUCGGCUUCCAAAGAGCAGAGGUAGCAGAGUUGCAAGGAGCCUGGAGCAGUCUCUCAUGCAGACAAGUGGUCUCAAGGCAACAAAAUGAACUGGAAACAUCGCUCAGUGCAAUGCUUUGUAAAAGCUGCAUUCGUAGUCUCGGCAUUUUAUCUCAACACGUGCACAUCAGAAUUAAGAAGUGCAGCAGAAACACAAACAUCGACAACUACUGCCCAGGAACCAUCAGCACGUGAAAAUAUAACUAUGAGCUCUUCCAUUCGAAAUCAGUCUACAGCUACAUAUGAGACAAGCGAAUCGGGCACAACCACAACAACUCUUCCUAAAACCACAGCUCAGGAGACCACUUCUGCAGCUGGGACGACACCUCUAGACGCAUCUACCAUAGAAACAACAUCUACUUCUACCCUCACAAGUACAUCAAUCCCCAGCACCAGUGCAGACCUUACAUCCAGUACUGGACAAACAUCCUCCACUGCUACCCAGGCCACAACACCAACUCAAACCACAACUGCUAGUAGUGCUUCCCAUGCACAAUCUACACUUGAGGGAACAACAUCAUCAACUACAGUUCUCUUGCCAACAACACAACCAUCAACCCAAGCACAAGAAACAAGCUCUGCAGUCACUUCAAGACCAAUGGGCUCAUCUACAGUAAUGCCCACUAGCACUUCUGCAGAGACAACAGCAGCAUCAACCACCUCACCUCCACAAACACCCACUUCUACUCUUAGAACAAGCCCAUCUCCUCCAACCACCUCAGAAACUACUCUAUCCACGUCUCAGGAGACCACUUCUGCAGCUGGGACGACACCUCCAGCCACCUCUACCAUAGAAACAACUUCUACCCUCACAAGUACAUCACUCCCUAGCACCAGUGCAGCCCUGACAUCCAGUACUGGACAAACAUCCUCCACUGCUACCCAGGCCACAACACCAACUGAAACCACAUAUCCUAGCAUUAACCCUACAGAAUUUAUUCUUGAGGAAACAACAGCAACAACUACAGUUCUCUUGUCAACAACACAGACAUCAAGCCAAGCAGAAGAAACGAGCACUGCAGUCACAACAAGACCACUGGCCACAUCUUCUGUAACACUAACUGGCACUCCUGCAGUGACAUCAGCAACAGAAACAACCCCAACUCUACAAACAUCCUCUUCUACUCUUGGAACAAGCCCAUCUCCUGCAACCAGAUCAGAAGCUACUCUAUCCACUUCUCAGGAGACCACUUCUGCAGCUGGGACGACACCUCCAGCCACCUCCACCAUAGAAACAAUUUCUACUUCUACCCACACAAGUACAUCAAUCGCCAGCACCAGUGCAGCCUUCACAUCCAGUACUGGACAAACUUCCUUCACUGCUACCCAGGCCACAACACCAACUCAAACUACAUCUGCUAGUAGAACUUCCAAUGCACAAUCAGCACUUGUGGAAACAACAUCAACAACUACAGUUCUCUUGCCAACAACACAAACAUCAAGCCAAUCAGAAGAAACGAGCAUUGCAGUCACUCCAAGCCCAACUGGCACAUCUUCUCUAAUGCCAACUAGCAGUACAGCAGUGACAGCAGCAGCAGCAACCACCUCAACUCCACAAACAUCCUCUUCUACUCUUGGAACAACUCCCACUCGGCCACCAACCACACCGGCAGGCCUCGAGCGUUUCACCGUCAACUACACCAUCACCAAUCUCCCCUACGAUUCCGACCUGGACAUUCCACACUCGGCAAAGUUCAACACCACCCAGAGAGUCAUGACCACCUUGUCCGGAGCAAGAGCGACCCCGGCGCGUGGCACCUCCACUCCUGCCACCUACAGGAAGGAGCCCUCCAGCCCUGACUUGGACAGAGUGGGCCUCUACCACGAAGUGAGCAACAAGACCAGAGCCAUCACGCGCCUGGGCCCCUACAGCCUGAACGCGACCAGCCUCUACGUCAACGGUUAUAAUGAACCACUCCAGAGAUCACGUAAGUGCUUUGCUAAAAAUAGUUUCCUUGACAGGAACAUUUAUUGA